CCUCGAGUGAGGAUUAACAUCAACACAAUAACAAAAAAAGUGCUGAUAACAGUGGGAUACCUUCACUCUCUUCAACCAGAACUCAGUGCUGAUUUUCAAAGGCCACCAGCCGCAAGGAAUGCUGGGACACGGCCCCUGGAAACCCAUCAGGCUCUGCUGGGGAGGAAGAGGCAGGGACCGAAGUGGGAUGGCAGCCAGCAGGGCCCGAGCCGCCCUGGGCCUUCUCUUGCUUCCCCACAACCUGCUGUGGUCCUGGAUUGCUGGUCCAGAUGCUCAGCACGCCGGAUUCCCCAAGCCGAACCGGGCGCCCACCUGGAAGCGGGGUAGGCGCCCCCAGGCCGGGCUCACCUUGACACGGUGUGAGACCUCGGGCUACAACACGGGACCCGGGCGCUGCUCCGACCCCUCGUGUCUUGUGUUGCAGCCGGAGGGACGCAGGUCCGCAGCAGAGCCUGCUCCUUCGCCCGGAAUCGACGACCGCAGGGACAGCGCGACAGCCCGGCGGGGUACAAGGUGGGUGCAGUGCCCCAGGAGUGGCCGUGAGCAGCCCGCCACGUGGGCUUUUCUUGGGGCGCGAUCAGUCUCGGUGCAGGGGUCCGCUGCACCCCUAGUUCGCUCUGAGGAUGCUCUCUAUUCCUCACCCCCUCUGCUCCCAGAUCAGGAGACUGAGGCUCCACAGUGCGUCUUGAAAUGCAGCAAGGAAGGCAGUUGCUCCCCAAACACUUCUCCCACCACUGGUGACUACAAGCAUUGCACUUUUAGCCGCUGUCUAUUACAGUGUAUUUUCUGCAAUCACUACAGGCAUCAGCUGGGUUUCCUUGAUCCAAUUACUUUCCAAUGUGACAGGAACUCAGAGGGAAACGAAAUCAGAUGUGAAUUUCAACAGGGAAGCAGUUCCAAAGGAGGGCCUGACACUGGAGGUGGGAGGCCUCAGAGGCAAGCUGCCUCCCCGAUUCCUCAGUCAGGCCACUGGGCGGAGCUGGGGACAGGGCACGCUGGGUGACCCCUGCCUUCACAGCUGGGAUCUGUGGGUCACAUUUGCAAAGCGUGUGCCACCUGGCAGUGUCCUUCUGCCAGGCCCAGGUCGACCUCCUGGCCCCACCACCACCCAGGGGUGACGCCACACCUGCCCUGGGUGGUUUUAUUCCCUCACUUUUCACCUGCC